AAUAUGGGAGACAACCCAUUUAACUUGCAUAAAGAGAAUAUGAGGUACCCACCUAGAAGAUACGAAGACCAGAAAAGGGAUGUAUAUUACAGUUAUGAGGAUUAUGACCAAGAUCAAUUUAGUGAUAAGAAAAAGAAAGACACAAGUAGUUGUAAGAAUCAAUGCCAAAAAUGUUGAACGAAAAAUAAUAGGAAAUUUCACUCUCAAUACAAGAAUGAGAUAAAGGAACUAAAAUUGGAACUCAAUAAGCUCGCUAAGAAGAUAAAGACAAUGAGUGGCAAAUCCCCUGAUAGAGAAUUUGCAAAAAUAAAGAAAGAGAAUGAAAAAUUAACAAAGAAAUUAGAUGAAAAGGAUCAUCUUAUUCUUAAACUAUCUAAAGAUAAUGCAAAUUUAAUCAAAUCUGUUGCAAAAUUGAAGCAAUAUCAGACUAGCUCUGCUAAUAGCUCUACAGAUCAUACAAACCUCGAAGGCUCAAAGUAUGAAAAACCAAAAGCAGUUGAUAUUGACCCAAGAGGUUCAUCACCAGUCAAAACAAAAAAUUUCCAAAAAGAUAAAAUAUCUACAGACCACGAAGACGAAUAUCUCAAGACUGGGAAAUUGGAAGAAAUUGUUUCUAGCAAAAGCGAAAAUAGAAAUAAGGCUAAUAGUCCUUACAAAUCAAUUAAAAACAGAGUUUCAAUUGAAAGAAAUUUCAAGGAAGAUAGAGAUGCUGCCUCUAAUAACCUUCCUCCAAAAAGAAAUAAUAGUCUUGCUUUUAUCCGCCCUGCUAAGAACAUCGAUUCUGACAUUCACUAUUAUUGUUCUACAGCAGAGAAGAAUAAGAAAAACUCGUUCAGAAAGAGCUUUCUCGAAGUGGGAGUCAGAAAAAGUAAAAAUUUCCUUAACGAAGAUUAUCAAGAAAAACCGUUAACCCAAAAAAACAAGAUAUUUUACGAAAAAGAGACUUGCUUAACUUCUGCUAAAAAGCCGAAGUAUAGAAGUAAAAGAGCUAAUGAUGUCCAAAAACCUGAAGCAGAGGGAAAACAAAGAAGCUCUUUUUAUGAUAAUAAGAUAAGUUUUAGAGGAAUAAACCCUACGAUCGAUACAACUCCAAAUGUUAAAAGCUCACAAUACAAGAAGGGAAAGAGGCAGUCAAUGGAACCUAAUGUUGAGCGCCAACGAUAUGCUAGUUCAUUAUUGAUGAGUGAGCAAAAACAGAAUUGAAACAAAAUAUUAGAAAGCCAAGAUAUAUUUAACUUGAGAAACAGCAAGGUGAUGGACGCUGGAUAUUCAGAUGUCAAGCAAAAUUACAAGAUUUGCUCUCUUGAGAAAAAGAGGAACCAAAGAAAACAAUGGAAAAAGAGAUCUUAACUGCUUUGUUGAAGAUAAAACAU